CCAACACUGGCGUUUUAAGUCAGCGUCACACACAUGCAAACAUCACCUUUAUUCGUAUUUCUGCGGUUCUAUAUUAUUUAUUUUUACAUUAUUCGCUAACGUAAACGUUUAGACACCGGAUAUAUUCUUACGGUUGUGCCGUGAAGGUUAUUUUUUGCAAAUAAGGGGUGUUUUAAUGCGUUUGAUUUAGCUCAGCUGGGCUUGUUUCCAUAGAAACGUGUAGUGCUAACGGAUGCUAAGCUGAUUUAUACACAGCGCUGUGCUGUAUGAAACGACUGAUUAUGAAAGAUUUUUAAUGUUAUGGAAGCGACGUACAUCUGUUUGGACAUGAUGUGAAAAUAUUGCAGGUCAAGCACACCUUGCUUAGCACCUUGUUUUGCAAGGAGACCCCCUGUAGAGAAGAGCUGAUCACACCCCUGAGAAGCGAUGUCUCAGUUCUCCAGCGAGGAUGAGGCGGAGCUCCAGAGCCUGCUGCGAGAGCUCCUGAAAAGUGUCAAAGAUAGAAUCUCAGGAGCACCAUCAGUAGAAUGUGCUGAGGAGAUUUUGCUUCAUUUGGAGGAAACUGACAAGAACUUUCACAACUAUGAAUUUGUGAAGUACCUGCGGGCAUAUGUAGAGAGCAGUUUGGGAACUGUUAUUGAAGAAGAGACUGAGAAUUUCACCAGGGGUGAUGGUCAUGCUAUUGGGCCGGGACAGGACACCCUGGUCCACGCUGUUACGAAGAGGACUAGGGAGUCCGCACAGUAUGUGUUUUUAUGACUCCUGUUACCAAGUGUUUCUUUUUAUAAGACGUUUUUGUGGAUGUUUGCUCACUGCAUGAUGCAAACAUAUCUGAACCAAUGCAAUGGAGAAAGUAAAUAUUGUCAGGAAUCUUUUGAAAAUGAAAAUAAUGAUGUAAUGCAGUGAUGAAAGUCAACGUACCAUGUGUUUUCCCGAUGUAACUAAUAAGAUGUUUUAUUAAAUACUUCACUUUCUCAUUGCA